AUGGCGAGGAAGAAGGUGACCGUCGCCUGGAUAACCAACGCCGCCGCCAGGAAAGCCUGCAUGAAGAAGCGCCGCCUCAGCCUGAUGAAGAAAGUCCACGAGCUCUCCACCCUCUGCGGCGUCCAAACUUUCUGCAUCGUCCGCAGCCCCGACGACGACGAGCAACUCGCCCCCGUGGUCUUCCCUCCCGACGGCGACGGAGCAGCCAGCCGGGUGCUGACGAGGUUCCUCGCCAUGCCGGCGUACGAGCGGACCAAGAGGACGACAAGCCAAGAGAGCUACCUCGAGAACCAGAUCGAAAAGCUCGAAAGUCGACAGAAGCACGUCUUGGAGCGGGUGAACAAGCUGGAGCUGGCGUAUCUUAUGGACGAGGUUUUCUACGGGGAAGGGGUUGGUGGGCUUGGGCUUGAUGGGCUGGAUCGCUUGUCGUUGUUGCUGAAGGAGAAGCUGAGGGAGAUUAGGGAGAAGGCUGAGUUCUACGGCGGGGAAGGCGAACGAGGUAAGAGGGAACAGCAGGGUCCCAAGAAGAAGGCUAGAAGAGGAGAUCGUCAGGGAGGAGUGGAGGGAAACGGUGUCGUUGCGGCUCAAAGUUCUGUUGCGAAUAAUUAUGUGCCGCCGGUGGUGUCGGGCGGCGACGGUGGCGGCGAUUUGUACGACGUGGUUGCGGGGUUUCUUGGGGACUUUGGCGGCGAUUUCCAGAUCCAGUCAGGUGAUGAUGAGAGCAUUAAUGGUAAUAUGUGGCCGUUUGAUGGUGUUUUCCCUCCGAUGGAGUAG